UAGUUUAUGAUAACACAGCUGACAUAAACAGGAAUCAGAAACUAACCUCGAAUAUUUCUAUAAAGUGUUUCUUGAUAUUACAAGUUUUUUUUAAACAUCUAUUUGAGGUACUCAAAAGAUGGGUUGGGGAUUAGAAGUAGCUAAGAUGUUUCUGUAUAUAUCAUUUCCUGUGGGGAUAUUUCACUAUGUUAAUCAGCCAGACUACUUUGAAAAAUGGGUGGUAAAAACGAAGGAAGAAUAUUUUCCACCUGUAAGUAGACAAGCAACUCUGGAAUUGGAAAACUUUAUUCAUGAGUUCAAUACUAACAUUGAAAGGCAACGUUUGGAAGAGAUGGAAUUGCAGCAUAAAAAUAAGUAGUGAAGAAAAGAUGUGAUACUUUUAAUCAUAUUGUAAGAAUAAUAUAUAUCUUAUAUAAUACAAUUAGUAGUAAAAAAUAAAAAUGAUAAUGAUUUUUUAA